AUGGCGAUAUACUAUUAUUUGAAGAUGAAUUACACUGCAAAUCUCACUAACGCUGAUGAACACGUUUUAUUCAAUGAUUCUUCGAAUGUGAAGCACCUGACUUUGCCCAAUGGGUGGCUCAUAGCAUCGGCUGUGAUGUGUGUCGCAACUUGCAUGUUCGGUACCUUCUUCAACGUCUCCGUUUGUGUAAUAGUUGGGAAAAGUAGACAGCUCCACACGCCUGCUAACAACCAGCUUGUUGCCCUGGCUAUAUCAGACCUGUUGAAUGCAACAAUCACAUCUCCGUUAUGGAUCUACAGAACUAUAGUCGGUACUGCGGCACCAGAUGGUCCAGAUUACAUAGUAUGUCUAGCACAGAUUUUCAUCUCUCAAUUCACCUUAACGGCUACUAUCGUACAACUUGCAACACUGAGUCUUACUCGCGCUUUGGGCAUCAGUGGCAAGUUCAGCCGAUCCACCCUCAGAUGUGCCAUAUAUUUUCAAAUCUUCUUCAGUUACCUUUUGGCGACUUGUGUAGCAUCAUUGAAGACUGUUUCCGGACCAGCAUUUUCGUGUUUGCAGUUCGCUGAGGGUGGACCAGGUGUGAGUCGUACACGAUCUGCAAUAGUUGUAGUGUUUUCAUUGAGCGCGAUGAUAAUUAUCACAUCAUAUGUUUUCAUAAUUGUUUUUACUCUCCACCACCGGAACAGUGUCCAGCCAUAUAUCGAAAAUCAGGGAAACGCUUCUUCUAAAAUAGACAUCACAACUACUGGAAUAUGCAGUGUGUUGAUUUUAAGUUUUGCGUUCCUUUACAUGAUUGGUCCAUUCAUGGUGGGUUUGAACUUGAUAGGUGUUAUUGCAUAUGAUAAUGGCAGGUCUUAUUGGGCGUUAUCGCUCCUGACAUUCGGCAGUAUGAUAAACCCCAUCAUUUACACACUUAUGUCGAGAAAAUUUCGAAAAAUUAUUCGCGAUGUGUAUAAGAUUUACCACACAAGAGUAUCAGUAACUUCCAAUACCACUGCCGCAACGCGAGAGAUUAAUGUAUUGAACGCAUGA